GCACAUUUUGGGGCUGUGCAGCUGUGCAUACGUCAAAGCACGAGUCUUUGAGAGCACGUCGCACCUGCGAACAGCACAACAGCGUUCAUCGAUAGAGAUUUGAAAUGUUUGGUGCCGCCACAGCCCCGACCGGUGGCUUCGGUACAGUCAGCAACACCACCACCAACACCGUUACUUCGGUAGGAGGCUUUGGGGCGCCGAGAGGCUUCGGGGCUCCCAGCACAGCACCCACGGCAGCUGCCCCGUCUUUCGGACCCGCAGCGACGAACGCCACGGCGAAUACGGCGCCGACCGGGUUUGGCGCAGCCACUGGCGGGUUUGGUGGUGGGGGUGGCGGCGGAGGCUUUGGGACAACGGCGGGCGGGUUUGGCGCCUCCGCAGCACCCACCACCACCGGCUUUGGCACGGCGAACACCGGGGGUGGCUUUGGCGGUGGCUUUGGUAUGCCGCCGCAGCAGCAGCAAUCUGGCACGGCGACGCAGGGAUUUGGGUUUGGUCCGCAGCCGCCACCGAUGAUGGCAGCAUCGCAGCAGUUUCAACAGCCACCGCAGCCGCCCACGGUGACGCUGCAGGACUUCACGCGGCAGAGCGCGUUGGCGAGUUACCUCGUCCAGCUGGAUCAGUCCUACAACGCCCUGCACCCGAAGUGUCACUUCACCGCCUUCGUGUACAACAGCUGUGGCCCGGGGCAGGUGAUGGACGCGAUCCAGAAGGAGCGUUACACGGCGUACCUAAACGGGGGCGGCUGCAGUGACGAGGCCUACAUGCAGGCCCUCCAGAAGAACCCCGAUCCGGGUCGUCUCUACCCGUCCCCUCUCCACUUCUCCCAGGAGCUGCUCCAGCGCACGGAGAAGCAGAAGGCGGCAGUAAAGGUGCUGCAGACGAAGGUGCAAGAGCUGCUUCAGGACGUGGACACCGUGGCGGCCAUGGACGCAGCGAACGUGCAGCGCCAGCGCGAGGUGGAGCAGGCAGAGUUGAUGCUGCGGCACCGGUGGUACGCGGUGCUGCGUAAAAUGGAGCUGCUGCGCCACCACGGCAGCAGCAACGGCGAGGAGAGUCUGCUGAGUAGCCGCGUGGAGCAGCUCCGGCAGCACCUCAGGGCACCGGGCCAAUUUGGGCAGCUGCUGCGGGACCUGCGGCCGUUUUUGAGCGAGGAGGUGUCGCGAGUGGCGAUGAUGACGCAGCAGCGGCGGCCCUCGUCUCCUCCGCAGCCGAGCCGCGCACCGGCUGCAUUUCGCAGCGCCUCGGGUCGCCCCCUGCUGCGGUCCGAGGUGGACCCCUACAUCAUGAAGGACUGGAUCCAGUUUGCGAGGCAGAUGCAGGACGGCAUCGAGACGCUGGAUGAGCUUCUCAAGACGGACGUGAAGGAGAUGCGCGCCGUUCGCGAGCGAAUCGAAUCUGCGUAG